UUCAGAUCGGAAGCAGAGGAAAUUAAUCGGAAGGAAGAUCGCGAUCUUGCUGUCGUUCCACCAUUCGUCGAAUUGCAAAUCUUUGGAUUCGUUUUGAUCCGCGAUAGAGGGCAAUCUUCGCAGUCGCAGCGGCAGCAGUCACCGAGGAUGAGCACGUUUGGAGGGGAUAGUUGGGGGAGGGAGGCGCAUCACCGGAAGAGAAGAGUCGACGAUCUCAUGCUCUCCUCCUCCUCCGGUGAUGCUGCAUCAUCUCCUUCUUUCAAGAAGCUCUCCAGCGGAAAAUUCGUCUGCCUCGUCUGCCCUCACAAUCCCAUCCUCGAUAACCCUCUCAUGCUGUCUAUGCAUAACAAGGGAUCUCGGCAUAUUGCUGCAGAAUCAAAGGCGAGGGAAAGUGAAUUAUCUAAACGGGAUGAAUCAAAGAAGAGACUAGCUCUGUCAGCUGAUUCUACUGGCCUGUCAAAUUCUGGUAAUUCAAGACAGCAAAUAAAAAAUGUAAUGUUCCCUAACAAGCCACUGAUCCAGAAGACAAUGAAGGCGAUUUCAGAAUCUCAAUGCAAAAAUGUGGACAAUCCAAAUGCUGCAAAUGCUGGGCAUUGUUCUAAUAUAACAACAUCAUCUUCUAUUGGCGAUUCAAACUAUACUUGCACUACUGAUGGCAUCAGUGUGCCACCCAGAAAUAUUACUGGAACGGCGAAUAAGAUACUUGCUGAUUGGAAUUCAGAACUACUUGAGCGUCGGGAGAAAGAACUGAAGUUUACUGCUGCUGGUUGGAAGCGUGAUUGUCAUGGAAAAUGGUACAGAGAUGAAAAUGUGGAAUUUGACUCUGAUGAAGAAGAUCCAAACAUGGUCCUCGAAUGACUUCAUUUCUCAAGUCAUUAAGGAUGCAGAAGUACUAGAAAUGAAUUCCCAAAUAUCCUUAUCACCAGAUGAUUAUAUCAAUCGUCGCUCAAGUUCUCAUACAGACGAUUCCAUCUUCAAUCGCUAUUUAAAGAUACAUUAGCAGUAUUGCACAUGUAAUUUGGCAAACACGCAAUGGUAGAUCUUCCACAACAAGAGAGUGUAUGGACUUGAAUGCAUAAAACAAGGAGGAAAAAUGAUACAAAAGAUGCCCAUAAAUGGAGUUCUUUCAUAGAGUUCCAGCAAUUUGAUGGAUCACUUUAUAUCUAUUGGGCCAAAAGGUACCUGAAUCUGAAUUCAUAAGGCAGAAUCUGUAUCGCCUGUCGACUGGCACUUACUCGGCUCGUCUCGAGGCAUUCUACUGCUUCAG